AUACUCAGGCAGACUGAAAGCUGGUCACCAAAAGGUUUCAUCCUGUGCUGUGAUGCAUGGAUUACAUAGCUGAAGGUCUGACAGACAGUUAUGGUUGACUGGUAGUCAGACAGGAUGUCCUGUAAUUCCAGUGUUAUUCGUCUUUGUGCAUCAUCAGUGGGACAGGCACCGCAAGCUCCAGUCCACCUCAUGCCAUGUGAGAUUGAACACAAUGGGCCAGCACAGGUCAACCAAUACUUCACUGCUACCACCAAAGACCAGAAACAAGAUAAGUCGGUGUCAUUCAGGGGACGUGGGUUAAAGGGGCAGAAGAUCAGCUGUCCACAGGGCUACACGGGGCUGGUGCUGAAAGAGAUCAACAAACCCGGCUCAGACCAGGAGGACAGGACAGUGAAAGUAUCCUCUGUAUUUGACAAAAUGACCUACUGGAACCUGGAAACACCUCCUAAUUCAGACGAUACUAUUGUGAUGGCAAUGGAUUGGCCUGAUUUGGCUGAGGCAAUCCAUGCUCCAGUAGAAGACUGAAGAGGCUGCCUGAUGUCUCCUCAGCAUUUUACAUAUGAAAUGUGCUGCUUGUUGGUUAUUCAUGAUAACUGAUGGGAAGGCUUAAGAAGUAUUUUCAGUAAGUGUUUCUGUUCCAGAGCAAUAAGUUACACAACCUUUGUAUAUAUCUUUAAUGACGUUUUUUUUUGUAGUGAACAAAGAAAAUUAAAAGUCACUGACCAAA